AUGUAUGUUUAUAUGAAUUCAAAAGAUAAUAAGGAACCUAUUGUGGGAUUGAAGCUUCGGCAAGUGAUAAGGAUUCAUCGAGGAAAUGUUCGCCGAAACCCGAGUUUUGCUGGUCUUCUAGACUUCGCCCGAAAAGAUGUCGAUUUACCUCAAAGCUCACCGAAGAAACUACUAAAAGGGCUUCACUCCAAUUUUAUUCAGCAAUAUGAGAAAGACAAGGGUGGAUAUCAUUACAUAAUGGCCGAGCAUUUACGAGUCAGUGGAAUUUAUUGGUGUGUUAAUGCUAUGGAUUUAACGAAAGAGCUCCAUCGAAUGUCAGCGGUCGAAAUCAUAGACUACGUUCUCAGUUGCCGUAACAAGGAUGGUGGUUAUGGACCUGCUCCUGGCCACGAUAGUCAUCUUCUACAUACACUUUGCGCAGUUCAAACUCUUAUCAUUUUCGACUGUUUACAAAAAGCAGAUGCCGAAUCGAUUUGCGAAUAUGUGAAAGGAUUGCAACAAGACGACGGGAGCUUUUGUGGAGAUUUGUCAGGUGAAGUAGAUACUCGUUUCACCCUCUGCUCAUUUGCUACAUGUCAUCUACUCGGACGUCUGUCUGCACUGAACAUCGAUUCCGCUGUUCGUUUCUUGAAACGAUGUUAUAACACUGAUGGCGGAUUCGGAACUCGACCUGGAUCCGAGAGUCAUUCGGGACAAAUUUACUGUUGUAUAGGAGCAUUAGCAAUCGCAGGAAGACUUGACGACAUUGACAGAGAUCGAACUGCUGAGUGGCUGGCUUUCAGACAGUGUGACAGCGGGGGUUUAAAUGGACGUCCCGAAAAGCUCCCAGACGUUUGCUAUUCGUGGUGGGUUCUCGCGUCUCUUUCUAUUUUGGGUCGAUUGGAUUUCAUCGAUCAGACAUCAAUGAAGAAGUUUAUUUACGCUUGCCAAGAUGAUGAAACUGGUGGAUUUGCCGAUAGACCAGGCGAUUGUGUAAGUUUCUUUGCUGACCCAUUUCAUACUGUAUUUGGAAUAGCUGCACUUUCCUUGUUUGGUGAUGAAACUCUGGAAGAAGUGGAUCCGAUUUUUUGCAUGACGAAGAAGUGCCUUGGAGACCUACGAAUUGAAAUGUUUUAA